AUGGCAGACAAAGAAGACCUCUCCGGGUCAACGCCCACCGAUAAGGAAACAACGCUCGCAACAACAUCCCAUCCUGUCGAUGAAGAAAUCACUGCUCGCUCUAAGCAAAACCAAACCCACAAAGUAAAAUGGUUCCAUUCAACAUUCUACAAUGCCCUCAUCCUCGGAAUCUGCAACUUCCUCGCCCCAGGCAUCUGGGGAGCCAUGAACUCCCUAGGCGGCGGCGGCGACGAGAAACCCUACCUCGUCAACACGGCCAAUGCGCUAACAUUCUGCCUCAUGGUUCUUUCUUGCUUCUUCGGGACGGUGAUUGUAAAAUACAUCGGUAUAAAAUGGACAUUCAUCCUCGGAACAGUGGGCUACGCGCCCUUUGCAGCGGGUCUGUAUACGCAUAACAGGUACGGCACGGAUUGGCUCGUUCUCUUCGGCGCGGCGCUGUGCGGUUUGUCGGCGGGAAUAUUCUGGAUGGCGGAGGCAGCUAUUGCACUCGCGUAUCCCGAGCCGUAUAAUCAGGGCCGAUUUCUAGGCUUUUGGCUCAGUUUCCGGGUGUCCGGCCAGAUUCUCGGAGGAGCCGUGAACUUGGGUAUCAAUGCCAAAGAUAACCACGCUGGCAAAGUUUCGUAUACCGUGUUUGAGCUGUUCAUUGCCCUACAAGCUCUCGCGCCGUUUGUGGGAUUACUCCUCUCGCCGCCGAAAAAGGUCCAACGAACGGAUGGCCUACCCGUUCGUCUGAGAAUAUUUGAGCAGAGUUGGACCGCGGAGUUGAAAGAAGUCGUCAAGCUAUUCUUCAGUCGUGAUUUCUUGCUUAUUGUGCCUCUGAUCUGUCAGGCGGUGUACAGCGAGGCUGUCAUGUUCACGUACCAGGGUCUCUGGUUCUCAGUCCGAGCUCGCGCGUUAGGAUCGUUCUUGUCUGGUAUUGUCGCCCUUAUCAGCGGGAACUUACUCGGUGCGUAUCUGGACACGAGAAGAGUCUCACUCAAGACUCGAGCCAGGACUUCCUUUAUCGUUGUCCUAGGGUUACAGGGAGCAUGGUGGAUAUGGGGCACUAUACUGGUCACGCGAUACAAUCGUACUCAGCCAGUGUACGACUGGGUUGAUCCUGGAUUUGGUUCUGGGUUUGCCUUGUUCCUGUUUUGGGUCAUUGGAUUUCAGGUCAACUAUCUCUACCUAUACUUUGUCAUCGGUAACCUGGCCAAAAACGAGCAGGAAGUCAUCCGCAUCGCAGGUCUGCUUCGUGGUACAGAGUCUGCUGCCCAAGCUGUUAGCUACGGCCUCUCUAGCGUCUCAAUCAUGGGCGCCGUCGGCGACAUUUACCUAAACUUCGGCCUUUGGGCUGUAGCCCUUUUCCCUGCUUGGUUGGUCAUCAAGGAGAUUGGAGUGACCAAGGGAGAUCUGAAGAUUGAGCGUGAGGAGGCAUUGAGGGAAUCUGAUUCAAACUGA